AUGUCAGCGAAGAGUAAAAACUACCUAAGUUUUCCCAUUGGUUUCAUAGAAGGCAGUGGCUUAAGUUCCACGAGUAAGUUAUACCGGAAAAUACUGUCUCUAGGCGUUUUCCUCCCCAUGACUUUUGUGCUACUCUAUCUAAUUAUACGAAAAUUCCGCGAAGAAAAAAGAGACGUGUUGAUGAUUGCUGAAGUGUUUGAGGCCAUAACAACUUGUGCACAUCUUCUGCAGAGAAAGUAUGUUAUGUUUAUGCACAGAAAACUCAUUAAAGAAGUUAAUAAAGAUCGCGAUGAGAAUUUCUGGAAAUAUGAUCUCAUCAGUACCGAGAUGGGAUUAAGUUUUGAAAGACAAAUGAUCAUAUUGUUUGAUAGAUCUAAAGUAGUUCCUCUUAUGUGCUGGACCCCUGAAGAUAAUAAACUACUUACAGCAGUUAUUUACAUCAUGCAAGUACUAAUAAUGUUGGAAAUCAUGUGGGCUCUUCUAUCGCUGGAUUCCUUUUAUCUUUUAAUGUGUACUGAUCUGAGAAUACAGUUUCUAUUGUUGCAGAAAACUAUACAGUCUGUUAAAUUAGGAGAGGGUUCGGAUACGAAGGGUUUGGUGAAAAUAAUCGAUUGUACCAAACACCAUAAAUUUUUAUUGAGGAUUCAUGGGAAAAUUAAUACAAUAUUUUCGUCGUAUUUUAUCAUGCUCUACUUGGUUACAGUCGCUUGUGCUUCUAUGCAUAGUUAUAUAAUAUUGUUUAAGUCGCCCAGUUUAGGUGACUCUAUAAAGAGUGUGUGUUACCUAAGCGGCAUGUUGUUCCAAGUUGGUUUAUAUUUUGUUAUAACGAGCAAUAUAGAAAUUGAAGCUGAAAACCUCUGUGAAGAAAUUUAUAACAUCAACUGGGAAGGUACAACUAAUUUAAAAAUUCGAAAACAUAUUCUUUUCAUGUUGAUGAAAGCUCAAGAACCUGUUAGUAUUACAGGCGGAGGAAUGUUGCAUGUUAAUCGGAACGAAUAUGUUGGGCUGGUUCGUCUUGCAUAUUCCAUUGCCACUAUAUUAGGUGGCAUGACUUAA